AUGGCAGUUGACCCGCGCUGGGUGUACUUUGGAGCCGAGCAGGACGUACAAAUCACCACAACACAAUACUGUCCUCAGCAGCCCUACGUUUCUCUGCGAUUCGGCCGCCCGGAGACGGUCCCGGCCGACCACAGCCAGAGACUUGUUGUCCGGCGUGUUACUUUCACCACGACCUCUCACGAUCAGGGGUUCAGCGGCGAGGAGGAUCGAUUCGGUGGUACAUAUGACGCCUCUUUCACAUGGUUCGAGGCGUGUGUUCUCGCCCCGUCCGGCCAUGAACGGGGCCCGCGUCGCAUGAUCCAUCGCAACGUGCAUGCGCGGUUCGAAUAUAAGACACAUGUCCAUUGCUGGAGCUUGGAAGGCGCCGAUGACGAUCUCCGCAGCUGGAUGUCCGGCAUACGACCGGGCGAUACCGUGCAAAUCAUGCCAAGGGCGCACUUCCCGGCGUGGACCAACUAUGUGAGAUCGGCCAAGAUCGAAUCGUGGGCAUCGCCGAGUGACCCGGCCGUGGAUCUGGUGGUGUCGGAAUCCCUUACCGACAAGAACGAUUAUAGCAGUUAUCGUCCGCUGAGGCACGAUAUCGACGAAAUCCGAGUCGUGGAGCUUCAACCUGGAGAGGGCAACCAAGAGAUUCAACUGACGCUGAAGUAUACGCACCUGCGGGACUCGGAUCGUUUGGAAUAUGAAGGCCUGUCCUACUGCUGGGGCGACGCGGAGGACCGCCAACAGCUGCUGCUGACUGUCGCUGACGAGCAUGGAAUUCAUCAGCCACCGAUCCCGAUUCACACCAACCGGAACCUCUUCCAGGCCCUGAAGCAGUUGAGACGUAAAGAUACUCCGAGGACACUCUGGAUUGAUCUCUUGUGUAUCAACCAAACCGACACAGAUGAACGAACCUCCCAGGUUGCGCUCAUGGGCGAUAUAUUCGCAUCCGCAAGGACCGUGUGCGUUUGGCUGGGCGAGCCAGAUGCUACCACCGCUGCUAUUUGCCGGGCCAUUGAAAGCGUUUCCAAGCGCUACGAUGAAGCCAGCGUUCAGGCGGAGAGCCACUCGACAACGGCGCUGGGAAAGCUACCACAUCCGCACCAAGCGCAUGAUAUCAUCCACAACAAGACGUCGGGGCUAGUCGAGACAAACAACGACCAAAUCUUCUUCUUGCCCUGGUUUGAACGUGUCUGGGUGCUGCAGGAAGUUUGGAAGGCUUCGCACGUCCAAGUUUUCUGUGGUUCCUAUCAACUGUCGUGGGAAGCCCUAAUGCAAGCAAACCACUGCCUGAGGACGAGAGGGCUGCUGACCAGAGCGGUGCUUCCGUCCAUGUGGACGGCCUUGUUCAACGUCGAGCGGGACGGAACGACUCUGAAAUGCGAGCGAGCGCCGAGAUUGGACAUCUUGCACAUUCUCCUUUCAACCCUUGGCAUGAAAGCCACCGACCCACGAGACAAGAUCUUUGCGCCGUUGACGUUCGGCGAAGAGACCCAUGAGGUCAACGAACUUCCACCCGAAGUGAAACCAAACUACAGCAAGGACGCCAUAGAGGUUUACGCAGAUUUCACGAGAUGGUGGAUUGUGCGUCACGCCUCGCUCCGUAUCCUCUCUGCCGUGCAUACCAUCGUGGGCCGGUCCUGGGUCAACAAAACAAGCUCUUACACCGCGGCUAGAAGCAGCGGCAGAUUCGACCUCUCCCAACGACCGUCCUGGAUGAUGUGGCAUGAGGGCUUCAGUGAGUGGACGCGAGGGACUCUCGGCCUACACGGCCAGUGUGGGUAUCGUGCCUCGGGGGAUCGCGUCCUCGACACCGAUUUAAUCCAAGCAACUGGGUCGACACGAUCCCCCAUGUCCCUCCCGCUCAAGGGUAUCCGCCUCAGCACCAUCGCCUCACUCGACCCGUACCCUUUCUACCAAAUCCCGCUCGUUUCUUCAAGGAGCAUGCAUGAAGCAUACGUGCGGUUGUUCGAUCCGCCAGGCACCAUUGGCACUUGGAACAGCCUCAGGACCCAGGUCUCCGUCGGCGAGCCAGUCGACGUGGAAUUUCAUCUGAGCAAGCGUGGGGAGUUGGGUAUGCAUUACAUGUCCCACUGGGGUGUUGCUCCUCCAUCUGCAUCUGGGGGAAACGCUGCAGACGGCCCUAAGCCGACCUGGCUCCCUUGUCAUGGGAACUGCAUGUUCACCGAUGUAGAGGGGCGUAUCGGUCUGUGCCCCGCGGGGUCUCGGGUCGGUGAUAUAGUUGUCGUGUUGUAUGGUGGGAAUGUACCCUACCUGCUUCGACCGAAACCGAAACUUUCCGAGCAAGGGAGCAACUCUGACGGCGAGUAUUAUCUAGUCGGAGAGUGUUACGCGGAGGGAUUCAUGGGCGGAGAGGCCUGCGCUUUGCUAGGCGAUGUGAGAUCGGAGGAAGUAUUUGUUUUAGUUUAG